GAGAGGAGAGGUUGGCGCAGGCACCUCUUCAAACCCAAAUGCACUUCUUUUUUUCAAAGCACACGUCAGCUGAUGCCAUUUGUUUUUUUUUAUACGAACUCGUGCUGUAACAGAAGAGGCUUAUCUUGUGGUUUGGCAGAUGGCCAUGUGAGCGUUUUUAACAUUAGAAAACUCGCCUGUCGAAGGAAACCAGCCAAGUCUUAUUUUACAUCUCUGGACGUUACUCUAACCGAGAAGAAAUAUAUGGAAAGGUCAAAUCGUGCAGUCCUGCGCCCGAGCAACUUUUAGGGUGCGCUGGGUGAUUCCGCAUUAGAGGAUGCGAGCGCGGAUGCGGGGAAACAGAGAUCCUGCGUUACGCAUCACUCAUCAGGCUAAAAAACCUGCCAGACUUUACUAGAAACACAAAAGUAUCCAAGCUACGGAAAUCAAACGAAAUACGUCUGAUUUUUUUGACUGAGUUGCGUGAUGUUUAGUGAAAGACAACGACGCGUGGGAGAAAUACUGUUUGGAAAGCACAAUAUUUGGCAAGGAUCUUUCGCGCAACGACGAGAUACCCUGGCAUUUUAGGGCACACAUUUAAGCAAGACGUUUUGGGAUAUGCUUUUUGACAUUAAGAAAAGUGAAGAGACGCCGUUGUGAACUGAAGAACACUGAAGAUGAAUACGGCUGGAUUUCCUCCACGUGAGAUAUUGCAACGUAACCGCGCAAUUUUGUGAACGUUUUAGGAUAGCGCGCACCGUUUUGUGUCGAGAUGGAAGUUUCUCACGGGGCGAAAACAAACAUGUUGCGUCUCCACAUUCUGCAUUUCAUUAUAAUGCUGCUCAAAGUUACAGACUGUCGUAUCCUGGAGAAUCUACAGCGCUAUGCCUCUCCAACCUACCUGCCUGUCAACUACCAGCUCCUCAACACCGAGUCGUCCUUCUUUCUCAAGGAGGCCACACAGGACUUCAUGCGUAACUCUAGUUUUCUCUCCAGAACUGAACUCUUCUUCAUCCACCAAGCCAGGAAACUGCCCAUUAUCAAUGCCACUUAUGGAAGCCUCUCCGCCGAAGAGGCCGUUCCUCUGGACCUCCUGCAGAUGCCUGGAUCAUUUGUGGCGUCUUCAUCUCUCUUCACCUUCAACUGGAAAGUCCAAACUUUUGUUCUCAAUGAAAGGAUUUACCUGAACAAGCCCAAGGUUCAGGUCUUGUUCUACAUAGCCGGGAGAGACUGGGAUGACUACAGCGCAGUGGAUAAGUUGCCUUGCGUGCGAAUGUUCGCCUUCCACGAAACCCAAGAGGUCCGGGGGAGUUGCAGGUUGAGAGGGGAGCUUGGGGUCUGCGUCGCGGAGCUCGAGCCUCUUUCUGUGUGGUUUGCGCCUCCUAGUGUCAUCCCUGGACGGCAGAGGAGUCCAGAUACUUCAGAGGGAACAGCCAUUGAGCUCUACUACAGCCUUCGGGCCGCAGAAAAUGAAGGUUGUGUUAAUGAGGAGUUAGUAGUCAGGGAUGCUGAUCAGUCAGAUCAGGAUGGAUUGUUUGGGUCGCCGAUUUCUACGCCCAUGAGGCGGAUUGGGAGUGUACGAUUGUUUCAAACUCAGUCCGCUCCAGAAUUAACAGAACUCCGAUUGGAUGGAAAUUUUGCAGUGCUGGUGCCAUCCGCACCCAUUCGGCAAAGGGAUACUGUGUCGGCAUAUAUUGCAGCUUUGCCGUUUUCACCUGUGGAAAUGUUCACUCUCAGGGUGAAGUUAAAAGAUGGCGUGGCAUUCCUCGGUGCCCGACCCAGUAACCCCACACUGUGGAUGGUUAGUCAAGAUGUGAGGACAGAAGGACAUAGGAUUGUGACCCUGCACUGUCGCCGGAAGGAGUCCAGCUAUGGACUGAGCAUGGAGCCCGGCUGGCAGAGAGUUGUUCAAGUGGAUCUAGAGGUGGAUGGGCUUGGCAGCAUGGUGGCCAGUAGAUCUAUUUCUUGGGCAGUGGAGUACCCGGGCAUCAGGGCCGGUGCUGAAGAAACCGAGACGCGUAUCCACCUGGCACAGAAAGACCUGGUCGGCAUUGUGCCGUUGGCCAUGGAAACAGAGAUUGUGAACACAGCGGUGCUGAAUGGGAAGACAGUAGCCGUUCCAGUGAAGGUGGUGACUGUGGGUUCAGAUGGUGCUAUUACAGAUGUGUCAGAAUCUGUACAGUGCCAGUCUACAGAUGAAGAUGUUGUUAAGGUAUCAGACAGGUGUGACUACGUCUAUGUGAAUGGCAAAGAGAUGAGGGGACGGGUGCGAAUGCUGGUGAACUUCACCUACAGUUACCUGAAGGCCCAGCUGGAGGUGAAGGUCUGGAUUCCCAAAUUGCCCCUGCAUAUUGAAGUUUCAGAUACAGAACUCAGUCAGAUCAAAGGCUGGAGGAUCACAAUAAACAGUAACGCUCAGAGGUCGACACGGGACAGUGAGGAUGAAGAUGAGGAGCGCAGAGGAAAGACCUGCACGUUGCAAUAUCAGAGGGCCAUGGUGCGUGUGCUCACACACUUCAUCGCCGAGUCGGCUGUCACGCGAGGUCAGGUGGCCCACAUGCUUGGCAGUGAUUGGCAGGUGGAUAUUACAGAUCUAGUCUGGGACUUCCUGAAAGUGGAGAACCCACGAAUCGCCAGGCUGAGAGAUGGACGUAUUCUGGAGGGAAUGGAUACUGGCAUGACUAGCAUACAGGUUCUCUCUCCGUUGUCUGACUCUAUACUGGCAGAGAAGACAGUGAGGGUUGUGGAUGAUCGAGUGACCAUCACUGAACUGGGCCUGCAGAUGGUCAGCGGUCUCACGCUCAGUCUGCAGCUCAGCACAGGAAGCAACAGAGCCAUCAGCGCCACAGCGACCACACAGGAAGUGCUCAGCAAUCCCAAACAGGAGGCGCUGAUCAGUGCCUGGCUGCAGUUCAGUGACGGCUCCAUGGCCCCUCUGGACAUUUACAACCCUGAGCACUUUCUCCUAACAGCCACGUCUCUGGAUGAAGAAGUUGUGUCCGUGCGCCAAGACGCAGCAGGCCGGUGGCCCAUCAUUUCCGCACGAGCCGAGGGUCAGGGUCUGCUGGUGCACGUCGAGAUGACAGUAUCUGAAGUGUGUCAGAAGUCCAAACGUCGCAGCGUCCUGGCAGCCGGAAACUGCAACAUCCGCGUGAAGUUCGGUCGCAGCGAAAGCGCUUUAAGGCCUGGCGACUACGGCCAGGAUGGCGAGGACGCGUACAACAGACCGGGCGACCGCCAACAGAACCCGUCUCUGCCGGACAGGACCGGAAUGGACAACCAUUACUACGGAAGCUCCAUCUCAGACAUGGAAGACGGAAUUAUGAGGAGAAUCACGACCACCACCAAAACGGCGAUCGUGAUAAGACCAGGUGGAGAAAAACUCUCGGAUGACGGGAGCCAGUUGCCGGGCAUUCCCAUCGACUUCUCGGACUUUCCAGCUCAAGUGGAUCUUCCCCGAGGACACAACGUUGACGCCGAUGACCUUCAGACACCUCACGGACUCACUGAUCUCGAAAUCGGGAUGUACGCUUUGUUAGGCGUCUUCUGCUUGGCUAUUCUGGUCUUCCUCAUCAACUGCAUCUCCUACACGCUCAAGUACAGACACAAGGAGAUGUCCAUCGAAGGCCAAGAGAACAUGCACCACUCGCACGACUGGGUGUGGCUGGGAAAUGACGCCGAACUUCUGGAGAGUCACGUGAGUUUGUCUCCACAGACCGAAGAGCACAUCACCAUCAUGGACUCCAGCUUAGGCGGGUUAGAAGAAGGAAGUCAGCUUCUCAACGGCGGCUCUCUGCAGAAGAACGUUCAAGGUCAGGUCCACAGAGGAGCCGACAGCACUACAGUCUGCACGAAAGACACCAAGGGCGAUUCGCCGACCACCAAACGGAAACGCGUGAAGUUUACCACAUUUACCACCAUCCCGGUGGAGAGCGUCAGCCCUGUUAAAGAGAAGCUGGGGUUGGAGUCGGAUGACGAUAUUAAGUGGGUGUGUCAGGACAUUGAGAUGGGCGACUCCAAGGAACUACGAAACUAUAUGGAGCGGCUAACUGACAGUGCUCUAAAGGAGGUGGCGUAGUUUAAUCGACGCGUGCAAACUGAACUCACCCUUAUGCCUUUGUAACAGAGUACGAGCCAGAGGAAUUACUACAUGAACCUUACUGAACACAACACAUCAGCCAUUACGUGUAACAAGGAUGUUUCUCGCUUCGGUUUGACAUGGGAACUGACAUGAAAGCAACAACAGACUUACAGUGAAAUUUUGACAAAACUAAUCGAAUUUUUUUUCAUUUAUAUUACAUUCUUUGCCCUCAUCAUUUUUUAAUGAUUUUAUUUUAGCACCUUUUCUAGUUAAAACACUAAACGGAAUGUCCAGGCUUGCCGAUGCUCAGCUCUCUCAUAUGAGGCUACAGAAGUGUAUGCGGAUGGUGACGUGUAGAUUAAGGGUUUGUAAUAUUCAUGAAUAUUGAAUCAUUGUAAAUAAAGUGCACAUAGAAUGGUUUGGAUUUCGAUGACUUUAUGAGUUUUAUUUCUGUCGUAUUGCUUGAUUCAGUACAAACACUUCUCAAUAUUUUCAAUUAAAAAGGGUUUCUUUUUUUUAUUUUGUUUUUUAUUGCUGCUUAAAAAUAAUACAAAACCUUUUUUCCAGAGUGUAAGGUUACUAGUAGCUCAUAUACUGCCUGACUAAAUCAAUUACCCAGGACCUCAAGGCUCAAAUUAUAGUUUGUUUCCCAAAUCUCGGUUAUAACUUCUUGAAGCUGGAAGCUUGUCAGAAACAAGCUGAGAUAGCAACCUUAUUAAAGUACUCAAAUAUAUUCAGCUGUACUCAUUUAUAACCAUGGACAAUUUCUGCAAGAACAACAUCAAUUAGACAUUUUUAAAUUUGGUCCAGCAGUAGCUAAAACUUGAGAGAAAAUGGCAGCCCCCCAAAAAUGUCAAUAUUUAUGCAGCAUAUAAUAACACUCUUGUUUGAUAAAGGCCAAAUUGAUUCUAUAAUGUUUGUAGCACAUGUUAAUGUGACAUUUUCUCUGCAAUCCUUGAAGCCAAAAUAUUUGCAAUGAACCUGUGUUGAACAUUUCACUACACAAAUACCAAUUGUUGUGUAAUUAACCUAUAUAUCACUGGUGCACAAUGCUAUCGGCUUCAUUCUAUUAAUGGGAGAGCAUCACUCCUCACUCAGUGAAAAAGCAUUAGUACUGUAGCCCCACAACAUCAAAAAAAAUGAAUUUAAAGGGAUAUUUUACCUAAAAUAAAAAUUCUGUCAUCAUUUCCUCACCUUCGAGUUGUUCCAAAUCUGUAUAAAUUACUUUGUUCUGAUGAACACAGAGAAAGAUAUUUGGAAGAAUGCUUGCAACCAAACAGUUCUUGGCCACCAUUGAGUAACAUAGUAGGAAACAUUUCUUUAUAAAUUUCUUUGUUCUGUUGAAAACUAAAGAAGAUAUUUUGAAGAAUGUAGGAAAGCAAACAGAACUGGGGCAAUUUUGACCCUUGUCAUGUUUCCUACUAUGGGAGUCAAUGGGGUCCAAGA